GCAAGAGGUCCUGUCAUCGCAAAAAAAAACAUAUUUUUCAUCGCGACUUGAAAAAUCAACAAAUUUUCACGAUUUUUUCAGGAUGUUGCGUUCGCGCGCACUGAAUUUGGGCCGUCUUGCGGCACAGCAAAUCGCCCGGCGUCACUUUGGAACUACACAACCUCUGAAAUCCGGCGGAACUUGGGUUUAUCGUCAGGCAGCUGCUCCCGCUCCAAAAUGGGUAACAAUCGGUGCAAAUCUUACCGGAGGCCUCUUUUGGUGGUGGGUUUUAUGGCAUCUUUGGCAUGAAUCCGAACACAUUACGGGAGAAUUCCCCUGGCCCGAUCCAAGUCAAUGGACAAACGCUGAACUCGGCAUUCCGCCAGAAAGUGAAGGUCCCGCUGAACGAAUUCAGGUUUAAAGCUGUUGUAGGUCUCUGUGUAAAUUAAAUAAAUAAAAAAAAUAUUCGAUAAAAU